AAAACAGCCGCGCGGGCGGUGCGGCAAUUGUGGCCGUAGGUUCUGAGGAAGGAUCAUCUGUCCUGUGCCAUGUACAGUAGGAUUGUGCGCUGCCCAUCAGCGUAACCGACGCACAUCCAAGUUCCUUAAGACCAACACGUGUGUUUCAAAGAAAAAAAAAGAGCCCGUCAAGGAUUGGGACCGUCUAAAUCGCACCAAGGGCAGGCCCUUCGUCUGUGGAAUCUCACCACGCCGGCGGGUGGCUGAACAUGAUUGCGUCCGUGCCGCCGCCGCCUCAGGAGUAUGCUAUCCGAAGACGCAGAGGAUUUUGCUGGCCACCCGCAGAAGCCAAGAUGGCAAUUAAGUGUUUUGUGAGCUUUGCACUCGUGGUAAUUGGGUUCGUGUUGCAAAGCCUCGAAUUUCAUACGCUGCUUCCUCGUGCGAUGGUUACAUCCACUGCCUGCGUCGCAAGUAACGUGGUACAGUCGACGUUCGCAUUGAAAACUCGAUGGGCCGAACCUACGAAAUGCCGACAUCAACCGCUACCAUAUCGAACGUUACCUAUGGAGCCUCGACACAUCCCAUUCGGACCAUCAAACCCGGUCAAUGAGUUGCACGUCCAUAGGAUCAUAUCCCGGUGUAACUCAAAGACGCAGAAGGCCAAAAUAUGCAGGCGGUGUAUUGAAUGUAUCCGACAAACGGAAAGGAGCAAACGCCGGAUAAAAUACAAUAAGCCAAAAACAAGGCUCGCAAGUGGGAUGGAGUACGCGAAAUGGUACAUCGCUGACUCGGAUAUUGCAUGCACGGCGUUUGGGCUUUGUCGGACGGGCGGCAAAGCCAAAGUGUAUAUGUCAGGAGUACAGACGAAUGGGGUUAUGCUUCGCGCAGAUUGGGUGGGAGCGCUUGUCCGGCGACACCUCGAAAACCAGGGUUUAUCAGCAGCGGCUGCGGAAUUGGCCAGCACGGCCUACAAAACAUCCACGAACCACAAAGAACAGUUGUCCUGGAAGUACUUCAGUAUGUGGUGUACUGAACGGCGUCUCGAUCCCAUUUGCGCCACCGAUUUGGACGUGGUGAAUUACCUCGACUCCCUCCAUCACAAUGGGAAAAGCGUCAAGGUCAUUGAAAGCGCGCGGUCCGCAAUCACCAGCACCCUCACACUCCUUUCCCCGAACCGCUCCUUCCACCGCUCGUACCUUGCUCAGUCGAUAGUAAAGGCAAUGCAUCUUAGAACCGGCCCACGGAAGAAGGCCUACACGACAAUAUGGAAUCCGGCGACUCUCCAUUUGGCAAACCUCCAUCAUGACCUCCGUCUAGAACUCCGAUCGUGGCGACCUAAGGAAUGGCAAUAUCAACGUCAACAUGAGGAAGAGGUCUUUGAAGGACACGACUACUGUGUUAUCACCGUCGCUUGCAUUCCUACUCGCAACCUCGACGUCGGUGCGCUCUACCCUCGAAUGAUCGAGCUGCAAGGUACCCGCCGAGCGGGCCUCAAGGCAGUCUUCAUCAACAUGCUGAAGAAUUCCCCUAUGGCGCCGAAUACCAUAUCCAAACUCGUCGCCACCGCCAUGCGCGAUGCGGGAAUUGGUCCCGAAUACACGCCGAAAUCGAUCUCUCACGCUGUCACCACCGCUCAACGCAACGGCGGAGUAUCCACCGAGGCCAUCUGUGCCGGACGCUGGCUCCCCGGCUCCACGGUCUUCGAAACACACUACACCAUCCGCGACGACGACGGAAAGGUGCCCUCUGACGACGACGACAGCAGCGCCGAUUCAGCCAACGAAGCCGCUGUCGCAACCUACCUCAACACGGCAGCCGCGGCGCUCACUACAUUGACGAAUUAG